AACAAAGUAUAAGAUCGAAAUAAUUUUCCACAUUUUAUAAUUGCGUUUUUGCCCAUAUCUGCCGGCGUCGCUAUUUAUUCAAGCGUAAUUUUGUUGUAUUGUUUGCGUAGCUAGAAAUUUAAUCUGUUGACACCAAAACACUUGCCAAUGGAAUUGGUAAACAAAGGCGACCACUGCAAGUGCGAGACACUCAAGAUGAGCAUUUCAGAUGAAGCGCACACCAAAUGGGAUACGGCACCCUCAGUUUGGAUCCAAGAGAGCGUCGGAAAAUAGCAGCGCGAGCGGAAAAGUCGGAGAGAACUUCCCACGGUGAAAAACGACAACAAACGAACGAACGCUGCCGCACACGACGAAGUUGUGGAUGGCGAUUUUGGUAGCAAGCUGGGCGAUGAAUCCGCCAGCGGAUGCCGUUCAGUUAGGAUGUGCAGUUCCAGCGGUGCGAACGUGUUCCGGGCGCGCCAAUUGGCCAAGUAGCCGAAAGCAGCCAAAAGAGCCAACCAUUUUCAGCCGGAACGGCAAUAGUUUCUCCUCGAAGACAGCGCCAAAAUAUGCCAACGCCUGAUUGAGGGCCAAAACCGCGGUCGCGCGUUUUUGUGUAAAUAAACAGAAAACAUCAGAUCAGAAUCCAAAUUGAAAUCAAAUUCAAAGUCGAGCGGAACAAAAACAUCAGCACAUCACUUCUCACAGAGAAAAAGAUACAGAUCCGCACAAUUUAUUUUUCGGUUUCAGCGAAAAGGCACAAGUUAUUCACAUUUAUUUCACUAAAUGCCAGCGUGCGGAAUGUCUGAUCAAUGAAUCGGCCAGCAGCGAACGCGUAACGCAUACGCCAUGUGAGCCGGAUCGAUGGGAUCGUGUUCCGGCCAAGCCACAAUGCCAUCCUCCUGUAAAUAGCCUGCAGCCUUUUCUACUCGCGUCUCUGUCAAAUGUGUGUCCGUGUAUCCGCCACUGUAUAUACUGUAGACUCUAAUUGUUUAAACCACAAUAAAAAACGAAACCAAUAAAAGAUAAAUAAAUAUACGAGUAUAGAGCAAAAAACGCGCGCGUUUUGGACACAGAACGCGCAGCACACACAAGUUUCGGUGCAAAAACGGGUAUAAAUAAGCGAAAUAAUAUUCGAAUGCUGUAGGAAUAGUUAAAUUAUUAGGAUUAAUCGAUUGGAAUUUCGCGCGCAAUAAGAACUAAUUAUAAACACGGGCAGCAUGGGACCAAUCAGACUCUAGAGCUAGCCACGCAUCCACAAAGUUAGUUGGACGAACGUCGAUCACGAUCACUAUCACUAUCACGAUCACGAUGGAUUAUAGCCGCCUGAAUGCCAACAUCAAUACGGGCAACAUCAGCACCGAUGACUUUCUGGCCGUGUUCUCGACCGGCAAGCCGGACAAUGCCACCCUCAAUCCGCCCCUGCUCAGUGUCGAUGGUCAGCUGACUCUGCCGCCGGGAUCGGGCUAUGUCAAUGUCAACGAUACGAUAUUCUUCCUGAAUGGCAGCUUCUACAACAGCAGCCUGCAGCUGGCGGCUGGAUUCUACAAUCAGAGCAGUGCUUCCGGGGCGACAUCGGGCAACCUGACCAAUCCGAAUCACACAGAAGUCCACUGGGAUGGCCGGUAUCCCAGCGGCUAUACGCUUACGCACAUCGUGAUCGCCUCCAUAAUUGUGACCAUCCUGAUGAUCAUCAUCGUGGUGGGCAACAUGCUGGUGAUCAUAGCCAUUGCCACGGAGAAGUCACUGAAGAACAUACAGAACUGGUUCAUCGCCUCGCUGGCGGUGGCCGACUUCUUCCUUGGCCUCAUCAUCAUGCCAUUCUCGCUGGCCAAUGAGCUGAUGGGCUACUGGAUCUUCGGCAGCUGGUGGUGCGACAUCCACUCCGCGAUGGACGUCCUCCUCUGCACCGCCUCGAUCAUGAACCUGUGCCUAAUCUCGCUGGACCGCUACUGGAGCAUCACCAAGGCCGUCGACUAUCUAAAGUCUAGAACGCCGGCGCGAGCCGCCGUCAUGAUCACGGCGGUCUGGAUUAUGUCCGCCCUCAUCUGCAUCCCGCCGCUGCUCGGCUGGAAGGUGAAGAUGCCCGAGGGACCGUUGCCAAAGUGCGAGCUGAGCGAGGACAUUGGCUACGUGCUGUACUCGGCACUGGGCUCCUUCUACAUACCCAGCUGCAUCAUGGUCUUUGUGUACAUACGAAUUUACUUUGCCGCCAAGGCACGGGCGAGGAGAGGUAUUAAAAAGCAUCCCCGCAAAACGAACAACGAACAGGUAACGAGCUUCACCACCGCCAAGAAAGGAACAAUACCGAUGCCCUCCUCGAGCGGCGUGUCCGCUUUGCAGCUGCACCAGCAGCGCCAAAUAGCCACCAUCGAGACACCACCGAACAGCGCCAGCCUUCCGAUGCAGAUACCCACGGUGACCAUGGACCUGGCCUCCGACAUAUCCACCUCGGAGGCGGGGGAACUGGAGGCGGUGGCCGCCCAAACGGUGCUUGCCUAUGCAAAUCCCAAUGGGGCUGGCACGAAUUCGGUCACCGUGGUGAGCAGCGGGAACGGGGCCACCGGGGCGUCCGGUGUUCCGCCCACCUCACCGAAGGAGACGCUCCAGGUCAGCACGAUAGCCACCGGUCGGGUGGGUCUAAAUGUGCCCGUGCCGCCGUCCAUGGGCAGCAACAACUCCGUUAAUGCGCUGAACAACAACAACGGCACCGUGGCCAUGGAUGGAGGCGCCCCCUCCGCCGGCGGGGGAAAUGGGAGUGCGGGAGCAACGCCUGGUGGACUGCAGCAAGCGGGCGGUAAUGAGCUGCGCGUCUCUCCGGUCGCUGGACGGUGUCGAGCCCUAUCCGUGGGCGUGGACACGGACAUGGUGAGUGAAUUCGAUCCAUCCAGCAGCGAUUCGGGCGUGGUCAGUCGCUGUGCCGUGGUCAAGCCGCUCAAGUUUCGCCUUUGCCAGCCGAUCUUCGGGCGCAAGUCGAGUAACCAGCAGCGGCGCAACGAGGCCAAGUCGGCGGCCAAGAACCAACAGCCCAGUGCAGCGGCCAGCAAAAAUCAGCAGCAACAGCAGCAGCAGCAGGUGGUGAAGGCGGAACUGGAGCCUGCAAUACCGAAGACACCGAAGCCCAGGGAUCCGGAGAAGGAGAAGCGUCGGAUUGCGCGGAAGAAAGAGAAGCGGGCCACCCUAAUCCUGGGCCUGAUCAUGGGCAGCUUCAUCGCCUGCUGGCUGCCAUUCUUCUUCCUGUACAUCCUGGUGCCGGCAUGUAGCAGCCAUUGCAACAUACCGGAAUCGGCGUUCGCCGUCGCCUUCUGGCUGGGCUACAUGAACUCGGCGCUCAAUCCGGCCAUCUACACCAUCUUCAACAAGGACUUCCGACGCGCCUUCCGGCGCAUCCUGUUCAAGUGAUGUUUGGCCUAUGUGUGCUGUUACAGGUGCGUUUACGCCAGCAUCGAGAAGGCAACCGAACGUGCCAUGGGCAGCACACCAAUGGGCUAUGGUCAUGGCAUGUAUCAGCACUACAGGCGUUAGAUUUGCUUCGUUUUGGCAGUGCCAUAGGUCCCUAGAAACAGAUCCCAUUCUCAAUCCCAUUCCCCUUCCCCCUCCCAGAACUGCAAGGCUAUCGACAUUCGAUGUUACCGAUAUAUGCACAUAUCCAUUAUUUGCCUAACGCCUGAAGUCAUUACUGUUUAAAUUGUUUUCUGUAAAACAAAAACAUUCUAUGUUGCCAACUAGUCCUUAAACUGUUAAUGCUUCGUAUUAUUUCAAAAGCACGUAAAACAAUCAUUUGAAAAGAGAAAUAUAUUAAAAUAUGCUAGUUGUUACAGCUUUCGAUAAUAUCGUCUAACCGAAUAAUCCAAAGCUUUGCAGUUCUAUCAGCUCCCAUAUGCUAAGACCUUCCCAAUCUUUCUUUGAAUUUUGUGUUUGAAUAAAAAAAAGUAACGAACAUUGUAGCUCAUUUCAAAAGCAAUGAACGGCUGUGAAUUUGAUGGAAUCUCUCAAUUUCAAUUUACGCAUUUUGGUUUCGUUUCGUUUCGUUUGGUUUCUCGAGCACCCUUGAACCCAGAGACCCCAAUCCCGGUAGCCCAUGAACACCUAGAACCCCCAUAGCACCCAUAACCCCCAGAACUACCAGACCAACCGAACGAACUCACCACAGCCCACACACUUUUCACACUCGACGAGCUCAUAGAAAUGCAUGAGCUGAGCAAACAAGAAUUUGAGCUGGGCAAACAUCUAUUAUGCUCCCUGAAUGGAUGUGUCCGCCAGCGACGUCUAUGGCCAUUCAACUUGAAAUAAUUUCGCAAAUUUCCAUUUGAGGCUGCAUUGCCAAUGCGAAAUAUCAGUGCAGACUGCAAAUGUUUCGAAAGUCGGGCUCAGGUAGUCCUAAAACCCCAAAGGGGAGCCCGAUCCCCAUUGUUGCACGCUGGCAAUCAAAAUGGAGGUCAACAAGUUUGUUUGUUGAAGUCGAGCGAGGGCAACAAAUUAAUUUAAUUCCUUUUUAAUAUUUUGGCAACCGCUUAUCCGCCGCUUCGAUGACGAAAAUCUCGGAGUCAGGCUGCAUUUGGCCGGGUGCCAAAUCAAUAAUUCCUGGCGCACACAAAUGUAACUAAAAUCCAGCACAACGGCCGCACAAUUUGGUGUAACAAAGUGAGCACACACACACAGCAUUGAAAAUAGAAACAAAAACUGAACCAGCGACAGAUUCCACAAGGCAGUCGCAGUUUUAUUCAUUCACUCAAAGAUGUUUCACUCAGCGACACACAAAGUGGGAGCCUGAAAAAAUAAACCAAAUGUGUGGCAACCAAUGCCUAAUGGGCACAGACAGAUGCAAAUGCAAAUGGUUGGCUUCUGCACUAAAAAAAACAAGUAUUUUUUCUCUUAUUCUUUUCAUUUCGAUGUUGAAUCAAAAUAAUUAUAACUUUUUUACUUUCUAUUGUUUAAAUUACCGCUUACUAAGUAAAUAUCAGUACCUCAUAAAAGGAAUGUGGCACUUGCGCAGAGCCAUCAUACUGACUUGCCAAGGUAGUAGAGAAACUAGGACUUUGAACAUUUUCUUUCUGUGUACGCAUUCCAUUGCGCCAUUUUCUCCACCAUUUCCCACUUUAGUUUUUGGCUAUGCAUCAGCAAAUGCAUGCGCCCGGCCGAGUGGAAUAGACACCCCGUCACCCAGUCAGUCAGUCUUCCAGUCAUUCAGUCAGUCCGUCAUUCAAUCAUUCAAGCAUUCAGUCAGUCUAACGGACAGACAGUCGACAGUCGUCACUGGAACGCUACAAUGACACCGAGUUAGACGGGAAGAUGGUGACAGAGGAGCUUCCAGAAUGGGGGGCAGACCGACAGACUCUGCUUUUGGCAUGUGGCCCAGAAUUGCUCUCCAUUUUGUUUGGCUGGUUGGGCUUGUUUUGCUGGGCAAAGCCGAAAAAAGGCAAGGAAAUGCCGUAUAUAGUAUGUGGUACGGCCGAAAGAAUACACACAAAAACACGGAGGAGCGCAAGGCCGGCAGUCUAUGCAUGAAUUUUACGUACAAUUUAUUUCACUUCCGGUGUGUCGUCCUGCCCCUCACCUUUCUUGACACAUUGUGGCAAGAUGCAACAAUACCUGCGAGCCACUUGCACCCAUUAUCAGCUAGAUUGUAAUCCGCAUAGAGCAAACUUCUCUCUCCAAUAAACCAUCUGAAAUCUGUGCUGCCCAAAAAUUUAUGACAGCUCCUAGCAGCGCUCGAACUUUCAACACAUGUCGGCAUAGUCGAAGAUUGUUUUGAUUUAUAGCUCUGGGCAAUAGCCUAAAUGGUUGCGGUUGCCGAAGACCUCUUAAAAUUGUUUAAGAACGCAUAAAUAAUGCGACCGAAAUCGGCAAUGAAUGCUUCUGUGUUUCAUUGAACAAGUGUUUCAUUUGAAUAAAUGGAAAAUGGAAAUCGACUAGAGAACUUUGAUGGUGUUGAAAGACAAACAGCAAAGGCCUUUGGUGCCUGCAUUUUUUAUGGAUCACACAGCAUCCGGCUGCACGUUUUGGCAUUGUCAGCAAUGUGUGUACAACAACUGCACUCAAAUGACAAUUUGAACAACGACGACAACAACAUAAAUGGCAGGACGAAAAAAAGGACCGUCGUGCAUAAAGCGAAAUCGAAAACAAUUGAAAUCGACAGCAAGGGAAAACCGUGAUGGGGGUGGUGCAAGAAGUAUGGUGCAGCGAGGGUGGUACAGCAGGUGGUGCAGAAGGUACAUUAAAAUGCGCGACUACACGGAGAAAAUCCUAAAGAACAUAACGACUUUGUAGUAAAGGUAUCCAAAAAAUGUAUACAAUACCCAGCUUUCAAUCUAUAACCUACCCAUCAGUUCAGAUUCUCCUCAAACUGCUAGAGACAUUGGCUUAGCUAAAGCUAUAAUCAUUUUGCUUUUAUUUCUAGCGACAUUCGUACCCAUCCAGUGGGUAGAUUUUCCAAAGAAAGAGUAUCCAAAAGGUUUUGUUAUAUCUCCGCGUUGUUCUCAGUGUAAGCGCUCAUACAUCCUAUACAUACGCAGCACUUAACUGCACUUAGGUGCGACAGCCAGAUGAGUGUCGAACGGCAUUCCACGGAUGGCAUUGUUUUGCCAGGCACACUGAAAGUCAUUUUCACUUAAAGCGUAAAAAGCUGGCAGGCAUUUUGGACCACCCUGCGUAUACGCAACGCCAUCCAUUGUUUCCCCUUUUUUGGGAAAACCGCUUACGCCCGCUUUACUAACGACUGAGGAGCAUUACUAAAAUUGCAAUUAACGUCACAAUUAGCUAACACCAUAAAUUAAAUGCUCAACUACAAUUGAAAGAAUGUAACACAACAAAGUAGCCAAUACAAGAAGAAAAAAAAAACAAACAAGGAGCCCAGAAAAAAUGGGAUGAAAAACAUUUUGAAUUAUUCAGAGCUAUUUAAAUUAAUUUCCGUAAUUGAAUUAUGAGAUUCGGAAUGCUAAUUUGUUGCUUUGUUUGCCUUAAUUGUUUUCAGUCAACAUGGGAGUGGUCCCAAAGCGAGUAAAUAACAAAAUUAAGCGUUAAACAUUUACAAUAAUGACAUAAAAACAUUUUAGAUUACUGUAGUCUUCUUGUCUCUUAUUUGCACAUUUUUUGUGUUGUAAAUUUUAAUUCCGAACGCCAGAGGCCGCAAACUCGCUCAUGAAAUUUAAUUAUUUAUUACGCGUAAUAUAGAAUUUGCAUUUCUGUCAACAUCUAUUUCGGCGCCGGGCAUUAUAUGCCAUAAGCCAAUUUAAUGGCUGAUUAACUUGGCAAAUUGCAGAGGUAUUUAUAGAAAAUCGGAUUGACAGGGAAACUCACUUUCAAUGCAUUUUUGUUUGCGGUUACGUCAUUUUCAAACUAUUUCGCCACUGUUGGUAAAUAUUUGGCUGAAUUUUUUCUGCUAAUUACUAUCGCUCAUGCAGACAAAAGUUUAUUUAUGCGUUACUAUUGCCCAGACGCGCCACUCAGAAUCAGAAGUUUUUUCAAAGCGGGCAAAUAAAUUACACUAUAAAAAAGUGAAUAAAAGCAUCAAAGCCAUCAAUAAAACGGCGUUCAUUCUCGUUUACGACUCGCCCACACGAUAAGUGCACACAUGAAAAGUGCACACAGAGAACUGCAUUGUUGCCGGAAUCGCAUGAACGCAUUUGUGGCACCGGAAUUUUUGGAGGAUCUGGGAUCGGGGAUCUGGUCUACGAUAUGGUCGUAUAUACUUUUGGGGCAAUUAUCAUGGCUGUUAAGCGGCUGGAGCAUGAAUCAUGGAAAUGACGCUCGCUGGCCUGCAUAUUAAUUAGUGGAGUAUAAAGGCCAUAAAUGUAAAACUCAUAACGACAAAUGUUUGGACCAUAGAUAUGCACUUAGGUAUUUAUGCGCACUGACAGCAUGAAUAUUUAUGAGCCAGUGACGACGACGACGGCGGACAUUAAAAUGCGCCCCCCGUUGAUUAAUUGGAAAAGUUAAGUCGGUUGUGCUGGUUCGCUUCGGUUCGGUUCGGUUUAACGGGUCGUAUGCUUGAUGCUUUUUACUUUUCCCUUUUGCAGGUCUAAUAAUGCCGCCCAAAACUAAGCAAAUCCAAUGCCUGUUUUCAGGUUUAAAGACGAGAAGGCAAAGGAAUUCAUAUGUUUGCCAUUAAGAUAAGCCAUGCGACCAUGUUAGUUAAAGUUUUGGCUUGUCUUUCAAAACCAAAAAAAUACAAUGACUGAAAUGUUAAAUGAAAUUAUUUCAUUGCAAAAACCAAACAAAUCGCAAGUAACUUAAACGUAUUUCAAUAUUUAAACUUACACUUUUUGCUAAUUGUAAACUA